CUCGAUAUCAACAAGUUUCCUGCCGUCGGUCGCAGGACGAGGUUCGCUGCAGGAGCGCGCGCGAAGCUGCAGAUAUGUCGAUCUCUGUGAAAGUGAAAAAGUUUCAAUUGCCCAAAUGCAAGGGCGAAAAACUGGCCAAAGUGGAAUUUAGAGGUGUAUCUCAUCUUACCAAGAUCUUAGAGGAAGAUGUAUCCGAUUCAUUACUGGUUGAUGAGGUUUUCGAAUGGCCGGUGGGAAGAGCCGUCGAGCAGGACGAACUACUCGUCGUGGAAUUAUUUACAAGAAACCGACUAUUCGCCGACAAAUUGAUAGGUUCUUAUCGGCUCGUCCUGCAACGGGUGAUAAUCGACGGGAAACUAUCAAUUUCUGACAGCAUGCUCGACGCCAAUAACAAAACAUUGCCGGUGACUCUGGAUUUCGAAGUGACUUACAGACCGCCGGACGAAUCGACCGUUUCUUACGAUGCUUUGGAAGACGAUCAACAAAUGCUGAUAGAUAUCGAACAAAACAUCGCGAACAUCGAAAGAAAUUUGGCAAUAAGCGUGAGAAGCAACAGCACAGGAACAAUGCCGAUCGGCAAGAAGGAGAAGACACUGCAAGAGAAGAAAAGAACAGCCAUGAAGGCUGUAAGAGGAUUAAUUAGAUUCGGCAAACAGCGGCCGCCAAAAGACAGCGAUAACGAAGACGAAACUGCUAAUUUAAUCGAAUCCGGCAGGAGUUCUCAGGCGUCGGACUUCGAUCAGAGUUCGCUUUCGAGAGCGGGCAGCAGAAGUUCUCUCGACUCCACCGACGGGCAAACGUCCGCGGCUUUAUCGGAGAAACAACGGCGAACAUCAAGAUUAAAAACUGACAUGAAAACGGCCGUUGAGUCGAUGUUGAAAGCUCAAGAUUUCCAAGUGUGCUUGACUAUAAUUGAAGCUCGACAACUGGCCGGACUCAACAUGGAUCCCGUUGUUUGUAUUCAAGUAGGAGACCAGAAAAAAUACACCAGCGUAAAGGAAAGCACGAAUUGUCCUUACUAUAAUGAGUAUUUCGUCUUCGAUUUUCACAUGCCUCCAAUAAUGCUGUUCGAUAAAAUCAUCAUGUUAUCGGUAUUACAUUCUAGGAAACUUUUGAGAACUGGAACAGUGGUGGGAACGUUCAAGAUUGACGUCAAGACAGUCUACGAUGCACCGGAUCAUCAGUUUUACCACAAAUGGGCGCUACUUACCGAUCCCGACGAUAUAGCCGGCGGUCCCAAAGGAUAUUUAAAAUGCGAUAUUAGCGUUAUUGGCAAAGGCGAUGCCGUUAAAGUGCCCCCGAAAAGCGAAAAGGACGAAGACGAUAUCGAAGCUAACCUUCUUCUGCCAGACGGCGUACCGACGGACAGACAAAAAGCUCGUGUCAUCGUGAAAAUUUACAGAGCAGACGGUUUGCCCAAAAUGAAUUCCUCCUUAAUGGCCAACGUAAAAAAAGCUUUCACAGGGGAACUUAAUGAUCUCGUUGAUCCCUACGUGCAAGUCUCGUUUGCAGGAUUAAUGGGCACGACCAGCGUUAAAAAGCACAGUUAUGCACCGGUGUGGAACGAGCAGCUCGUUUUCACGGAGAUGUUUCCGCCUUUGUGCCAGCGUAUAAAAAUCCAAUUGAGAGCCGACGAUCCGGUAAAACCGACGGUGAUCGGCACGCAUUUCAUAGACCUCAAAACAAUAUCUAACGAUGGAGAAAAGGGAUUUCUACCAACGUUUGGACCAUCUUUCGUUCAUUUGUACGGAUCCACGAGAGAUUACAGCCUUAUUGACGAACACUCCAGCUUAAACACCGGUCUCGGCGAAGGUGUUUCGUACAGGGCUAGGCUACUGGUUUCCAUUCGUACCGAAAUUACAGACAACAUCGAUUUAUCUCCUGCCGCAGUCGACUUGGAACCGGUAGUACCGAUCAACGAAGCUUCCUACGCGAAAAACGAGGAAUUUUUCCUCUUCUCCACCAUAUUAGAAGCGUCUAUGGUCGAUAAGAAAUUAGUAGACAAACCCGUAUACUUUGAAAUUAGCAUUGGAAAUGCCGGAAACGCUAUGGACGGACACAACGCCUCUUCGAGGGAUCACUAUGAUUCUGACAGCGAUGAAAUAGAGGUGGUAUCCUGCGACAGCGCUUCCUGGCAAAGCACGACUUCGCCUACGAAACCGAUGACCCACGACAAAAUCUACUAUUUCCUGCCCUAUUGGGACAACAAGCCAUGCAUGCAUAUUAGAUCAGUAUGGCCGGAUCACCGCAGGAGAAUGUACAAUUCCAAUAUGAUUGCGAAGCUAGUGGAGAAAUUCGAAGACGGUUUGUCAGAAGUGGCGUCUGGAAUUGAAUCGGACGAUUCCCACGUUGAGUUGCUGUUGAAGCAAGUGCUCGACGAUCUUUCAAUCGAAUGCGGCAAAUACGUGACUCUGAUUAAAGCGUCGCUGACGGGCCCGGGCAGCGGAAAAACGAAGCUGGAUAAGGAGCACUCGAAGUUGUGUCAACGGGAAAUCGAACACAUCGGUACCGCAGCGAGGAACCUCAAAGCUCUCGUAACGAAAAGCUCCUUUAAGGAGAGGCUCAAGACGGCUCAUAAGUUCCUCGGAAAGUUAAAGUUUCUUAUCGAAGACCCUCAACACGCCCUUCCAGACGUUUUCCUCUGGAUAAUCAGCGGAGGAAAGAGACAGGCUUACCAGCGCAUACCCGCCAGGGAUAUAAUUUACUCCACUGUGGAUGAAGAGCGCGGAAAAGAAUGCGGAAAAGUCCAAACUAUGUUUUUAAAGUUGCCCGGGAAAAAGGGAACCGGACCCAAAGGUUGGUCUAUUCCAGCAAAACUGCAAAUUUUCCUGUGGCUCGGAUUGGUCAAACACAAGAAAUGCGUACUCGCCGGCCUCCCCGAAGGCUACGAACAAACCCAAGAAAUCAAAAACAUUGAAAGACCUCGCGCCUUACCACCCAACACCAUUCACUACAUAGAAAAACACACAUUCCAACUCCGCGCGCACAUAUACCAAGCUCGCUCGUUGAUCGGAAGCGACGCCUCGGGACUCUCCGAUCCUUUCGCCAGGAUAAUAGCCGGUGAAUUCAGCAAAACCACCCAAGUCAUCGACGAAACGCUCAGCCCCACCUGGGACGAGCUGCUGAUCUUCGAAGAAAUCCUGAUUUUCGGCGAUGGCGAUCAAAUCAAGAACGAUCCACCGCCCAUACUCAUAGAAAUCUUCGAUCAGGACAAAGUUGGCAAAAGCGAAUUCAUUGGCAGAGCCUUGGCUAAACCCAAUGUUAAGCUCAAAGACGAUGCUUAUACAAAACCUUUAUUGGAAUGGUUUACAAUUACCCGAGGUUCGGAUAGAGCUGGUGAACUGUUGGCGGCUUUCGAGCUGAUGGAGAUCGACUUGGAGGUCUCCUUGCCAUCGUUGCCCCAUCCAAAGGAGAUUCCGAUGUACCACGAAACUGAUCCGAAGAAAAUAGAGCCGUGUCUGCCAGUACCGAGAGGCAUUAGGCCAACUUUAGCUAGAUACAGGAUCGAAGUGCUAUUUUGGGGCCUAAGAGACUUGAAGAGGAUACAUCUGCUGACUGUGGAUAAACCGAGAGUUGACAUAGAGUGUUCCGGAAAUAUACUCUAUUCGAGCAUCAUACAAAACAGGAAAAAGAAUCCGAAUUUCAGUACGCCGGUGAAGUUUCUCGAUUUGGAUUUACCGGAACAGGAACUUUAUAGGCCACCUUUAACGAUAAGAGCCGUAGAUUGCAGGAGUUUCGGAAGGUACACAUUAGUUGGCACCCACGUAAUCAACUCUAUUCAAAAAUACAUCUACAAACCCAUUACUAAAAGGGAUAGAGAAGCCGAAGAAAGGAAGAAAUCAUUAAAUCCAUCGAAAAUUGGAGGAGAUUAUACCGGAGGAGAUUCUGCUCCACUAUCACCCAACAACCCAUCGAAUUUUCAAAGCGACAAAGAGAAGAGUCCUUUGUUACCCAAAGAUGCGUCCAUACAAAUAGGUUACGGUAGUCAAGACAUCAACAAAAAAGCGAAGACUGACAACAAUAAAAAGCGCAAACAAAGCUUUGAAGAAGAAAUCGACGAUGAAGAAGAUAGCAAAGACUGGUGGACGAAGUAUUUCGCGUCGGUGGAGCGGAUGAUCGACGAAUCGAAAGAGGCGAAAAGGGUGGUCAAUCACAACGGGAAUUUGCAAGUGCACGACAACGAUAACAAUCCCCAUUCCGGCAACAGCUCGGACCGGAGUCCCGGAGUGGAAUACAGGAAAAGCAACCGGUUCGGUUUCAAGACGGCGGCGACGGCGGCCAGAUUCGCUCAAAAGAUGAGUCCGAUGGCUACGAGGAAGAGGACCAAGCACAAAAUUGCACUUUGCAAAAUUUACCCGACGGAAUUGGAAGCUAGACCAGAGUUUAACGAAUUCAAAGAAUCGUUGAACACCUUCGAAUUGUACAGAGGUAAAAAAAUUAGCGAAGACGCCGAAGACGAAAACAGAGUUGUGGGAUACUUUAAGGGAGCGAUAAAAGUAUACAAAUGGCCUCUACCCAAAGACAUCGAGGAUAGAACGAUAAUGGGAUUCGAUCCUCAAUACGGGCUAUUCCAAGGGUUACCCUCCAACGAUCCAAUUAGGGUAUUAGUUAGAGUGUACAUUGUCAAAGCAAAUGAUUUGCAUCCGAUGGAUUUUAAUGGUAAAGCGGAUCCUUACGUCGUGCUGAUAUUAGGUUCCAAGAGAAUAAGCGACAAGGACAAUUACAUUUCGAAACAACUCAAUCCUGUUUUCGGCAAGUGCUUCGAAAUCGAGGCCACUUUACCGCAAGAUUCGCUGCUGACCGUACAAAUCUACGACUGGGACUUGGUAGGAUCCGACGACAUGGUGGGCGAGACGAAAAUCGAUUUGGAAAAUCGCUUUUACACCCGCCACAGGGCCAUUUGCGGUCUACCCGAGACAUACGAAGAAGAGGGCUACAAUGCUUGGAGGGAUGUGCUAAAACCCACUCAAAUUUUAUCCAAACUUUGUCACGAUGCUAAAGUCGACGCGCCAAUUUACGCAGAUGGUUUGGUCAAAGUCGGUAAACAGUUGUUUUUUAUACGGAACGACGAAAUCGACUUUUACACAACCAAAGACGUGGAAGAGCACAUGGCUUUGGCUGUAUUGCACAGAUGGCACGAGUUUCCUAAAACCGGUUGCAUUCUGGUACCCGAGCACGUCGAAACGCGUGUUUUGUACAAACCAGACAAGCCUGGAAUCGAACAUGGAAAACUGGAAAUGUGGGUUGAUAUGUUUCCGAUGGACAUGCCACUGCCUGGUCCUCCUCUGGAUAUUUCGCCCAGGAAACCGAAGAGCUACGAGCUAAGGGUCGUAAUUUGGAACACCGACGAAGUAGUCCUGGAGGACGAUGCGUUCUUCACAGGAGAGAAAAUGUCCGACAUAUACGUAAAAGGCUGGUUGAAAGGCCCGGAAGAUUGCCAAUGCACCGACAUUCACUACCGUUCUCUUACAGGCGAAGGUAAUUUCAACUGGAGAUUUAUCUAUCCCUUCGAGUACUUAGUAGCCGAACAAAAAAUCGUGAUAUCCAGAAAGGAAUCGUUGUUUUCCUGGGACGAGAGCGAAAGCAAAAUUCCCGCCAGAUUGGAACUGCAAGUAUGGGACGCCGAUCACUUCUCUGCUGAUGAUUUCUUAGGUGCGAUAACUUUGGAUCUCAACCGAUUCCCUCGUGGCGCUAAGUCCUCGAAACUUUGCACAUUAGAUAUGCUCAAUUCAGACGGAUCUGUUCCGAUGAUGAACAUUUUCAAGCAGAAGAGAGUGAAAGGCUGGUGGCCGUUUUUCAUCAAGAAAGAUAACGAGGAGAUGGAGUUAACGGGGAAAGUAGAGGCCGAAAUACAUUUGUUGAGCAGAGAAGAAGCUGAAAAGUCUCCGGCAGGAUUAGGGAGAAACGAACCUGAUGCUUUGGAUAAACCUAAUCGUCCUGAUUCGUCGUUCAUGUGGUUUAUGAAUCCUUUGAAAUCGAUAAGGUACAUCCUGUGGCAUAACUAUAAAUGGACUAUUCUAAAAUUGAUUAUAAUUAUUGGUUUGUCCAUUAUUAUUCUGUUGUUCUUCUAUUCAGUACCAGGUUAUACGGUUAAAAAAAUUAUCGGUGCUUAAAUGUGAAAUUGUCGUUAUAAAAUGCACUGCAAUAUGAGCUUAAACAUAUUCUAUUCUUGCAUACAUUAUGUAAAUAGUUGUUAUUCACGAAGUUUUAGAGUGCAUGUUGUACACGUUAAACUGGUAAUUAAAUUUUUUAAUUAAAUAUUUGACUAACAUUAUUUGUAGAUUAUUUAAAUCCACUAUAUAGUGUAGAUUUAUGUAAAUUAAGAGUUCUAUUAAAAUUUAAGCCCUAUGUAGAACUAAUGAAAUUAUGUAUAAUAUUGAAAUGUUAUUCAAAUCAAGUUUAUUUAGGUUAAUUAAUAUAGUUGACUUUUAAAAAUUAAAACUUUAUAGUAUGUUAAGGAAUUAAUGUUCUGCUGGACUCAAUCUAACAAAAUCAAUAUUUUCAAGAUUUAGUGGAGUAUUUAAUUUCAUAGAAAACCAAAGUUUUUUUUUUAUUUAGUUUGUAUGUUU